AUGAAGAGAUCGGAGAGCGAUGGCGAGUUGAAUGGCGAAGACGCCUUUAGCUUGGAGAAUCCAGCUUUGCGUGGAGGAGGGAAGAGCGGGAAGCAGCACCACUACAACGGGUCAGAUGAUUACCUGGUGCUCGGGGACGGGGACGAUUUGUCCAGCUCUGGCGAACAAUCGGCCAGGACCGUGUCUGCCGAGAUCUACUCCCUCAACAAGGUCCUCAAAGAGGCCCUGCCCCUCACCGCCUCCUCCGUGGACUCGGAGGAGAAGGAGGGCUAUCUGUUCAUCCAGACCAAGCUCGUGAGCCAGUGGAAGAGGCGGUGGUGCGUGUGGAAGCGUUGCAAUGGCGAAGGCCUCCUGCUGGGCGGCUACGCGCUCUACUACUACAAAGACAAGAACCAGGCCGCGAGCUACAAGAAGCCGCUCAUCAAGUUCAGCAAGCCCAAGGACGACCCGAGGGCGAUGGGUCGGAUCAACAUGACCUUUGCCCACAAGGAGGCCUUCUCCACCAGAGAAAAGGAAACGAUCGCGCUGGCGAUGGAAAAGCAGGCCAUCCCGCAGAGCAAGCACUUCGUUCGCCUGGCGUCGCCCAACCGCAUCUUCAGCGUUGCAGCAGACUCGGACGAAAACCUCGACGAGUGGUUCGACGUGUGGCAUGCCUAUCUCAAGGAAGCGAUCGAGAAUGACCAGUAUGCGUUCAAAAUCGACGCGGCCAACCGCUUGGAGCCGCUGAUCAGACUGCAGUACUCCGUGUGGCUCGAGAAGGCGGCCAACAUGGUCAAGGCGCUGGAGGCCAACGGCUUCUUCGACGACAAAUUCAGCCACCAAAAGAGGGACAAGGCGGGCUCGCUCGAGUUGGAGAGCCAGAAGUCGCCCGGCACGUGGAAGAGGUUCCGUUUCAUCUUGAAGGGCCGCCACCUCUACUACUACCCGCACAACAAGGGGCACACGGCGAAGCGAGUCAUAGUGCUGCAGUACUCGAGCACGGAGGAGGACGGCGAGACCCAGGCCGACGGCUCCUACGUGUUCCAGAUCACCACGCCCCUCAUCACCUACACCAUCAAGGCGCCCCACAAGGUCGCUGCGGAGGAGUGGAUCACGGCGAUCGAGAAGGCCAAGCAGGGCAAGCGGAAAUCCGGCAAGAAGGGUGAUCCGCUGAGUGGGGAGGGAGACACGAAACUGUCGCUCCUGUCCUCGCAGGCGGAGGACGUGCCCGAAGGCGCAGGCAUCAACCCGCGCUUCGAGGGCGCCUUCCUCACCUACAUGCUCCCCGACGCCCGCAAGGAAAAGGUGUACAAAAUCAAGAAGGACUCGGUGAAGAUCGGACGCUCGUCCACGAACGACCUCAUGAUCGACGACUCGCGCCUUUCACGCGAGCACGCCCGGAUCGACACAUCCAACGAUCGGUUGGUGUUUGUGGACUUGGGCAGCAAGCGAGGCAGCAAGGUGAAUCACCACAUGUGCAACGGCCGGAGGGUGCUGAGGGAUGGCGACCUCAUCAAGGUCGGCCGCACCCGCAUGCGCGUGUUUGCCGGCAAGCCGGACAAGCACUGA